AUGAUCUCGGAAGAAGAGUGGCAAGAACUGUUUCCCGAAAGAUGGGGAGUUGGGCGGAAGUGGAAAGCCGAAUAUGAGGACAAAGAUUUCUUUCAUCCUAAAAUGGAAGUGGACUAUUAUUCGUAUGGAAACUUUAUCAGCGCUAUGGGUAGAGCAAAACGCCUAGGUGUGGGAAAUUUCCUAACAGAACCUGGUUCUUCACACGAGGACAAUAUGCGCGAAUUGGCAGCAUUUUUAGCCAUCUGUUCGACCCAGACAAACAACGGACCAGAUGCUUUCUACUACAGGGAAUGUGUGGAACAUGAAAGACACCAGAGAGAUGGAAGCAUCUGCUUGUAUCGCGAUGUUCGAGAUCGUCGGGACUUUGUUCUGUGCAACACUCCGAGCUACUAUCCUGAAGGAUGUCGGCUUGCGGGAGAAAAAAAGUUCCCCGUGCAGUCGUAUCACGGAAGGGGACCGAUUAUGCUCUGUGGUGCAUACUACUACGGUCUGUUUAGUGAAUUCGUCUUCGGCAAUCCGGACAAACUGUUGCAGAAUCCGGAUCUCCUACUCAACGAUGGUGAACUCGGAUUUUUGUCCGCAAUUUGGUUCUGGGUAACGGAUAAAAACGGACGACCUUCAUGCCACCGAGCCAUGUAUCGCUACCUGAAACAUAUUCACUCUUGGGGAUUUGGUCACACAAUCAUCGAUGUGAGUGACGGGGUGGAAAGCCAUGCCAUGGAAGGAGGCACAGCUAAUCAUGAAAGGUUGGUUAGCACGCGGAUUCAGUUCUAUCGUAAAUAUGCAACUCGCUUUGGUGUGAACAUUGGAAUUAAAGGAGAACAAUUGGACACUGUGGGACUUGAGUA